AUGUCUUUGACCAAGGGCGCAGGCGAGAAUACAGACGAAAUGCCGGAAUCAACAACCCUUGAGCUCGCUCCAGAUUGGGACACAAUAUUCGUAAUCCCUGACAAUAAAAACAAAAAGCCUACUCUACGAUGCAUGGUAUCUUCAAGCAUCCUAAUGAACCAGAUGUCUUAUUUCCGCGCUCUUUUCACAUCUGGCGCCAGAGGUCUUGCCUUCCCGAAGGGCGAAAAGCCCGAGAUAUCUCUUUUGGAGGAUGACCCAGACACUAUGAGACUUAUCCUUUCAAUUUUACACGACAAGGUAGAGCUCAGAAGAUACAACGUUUUGAGCUCCGCGAAAAUUCUUUCCGUCGCACUGCAUUACGACAAAUAUUGUUGCGACGGAAUCAUGAGCGCUUGGAUUGAUCUAUGGCUCUAUAGGGUGGCCACCAGAGCCACGGGAAGAGAGAUAGGGGCUUGCAUUGCAGCCGCAUUCUAUUUCAAAUGCCCCAAGUUGAUCCAAGUGUUUGUCUACAGAGCAAUACUGUAUGCAGAUGAGUUCAGUGAAGGAAACGCAUGGAUUGACGACGGAGUAAACAUUGCCUCGGAUAUCGAAGAUAUUUUGCGAAGCACAACGUCUCGGAUAGUAUUCGAGAUAAAACUCAUGAUGGAGAAGAAUCGACGAAAUUUCAAACUCGAUCCUGCAGGGCCCGAGUACACCCUUAUCCUUGAAACACAUAGAAUUUGGCCCUUUUCGCAGUUAUUAGGACCGAUGACGGAUGUAUGGGCCAAGAUGGAAACAGCCGCUAUAAAGAAUCCCCGUUACGCCAAGAGCAUCAGGGAUCUGCAGGUGAGGAUGAAAGGCCUAGUCGCCAAAACCCAGAACAACUGCGAUGUAGCUGUUCAGCGAACGCAGAGCAUGCAAACGCUGUUAAGGUGCAAUAAGUAA